UGAAAGUUCCGUGCGCACUCAUGGAUGUUUGAGAGAGAAGAGUUCAGCACGAGAGAAGAGAGAGAGGAACACAGCGACUCUGGGUUUAUCUCUCAGCUGCCGGACUUUUUCAAGUUGUCUUUUUUGUCUUAUUUUACAUUGGUGACUCCACACAGAUCAAAAAAAUGAUGAACAAACCGUUUGGGAAUGAGCUGGUGAGCUCCCUCGGCUGGCUGGAGGAGCAGGAGGACAGUAGCUCACAGGAUGGAGAGGAAAGCCCAGAGAUGAGAGGGCACCAUGGUCUGACUCUAGGGGGCCGGAUCCACUCUUGCACAGAACUUGGCAGUGAAGACAUGGAGGAGGAAGAGGAAGAGGAUGAUGACGAUGAGACCGGACCAAAUGGAGAAAAUGGUCCUAAAAGGAGGGGCCCUAAGAAGAAGAAGAUGACCAAAGGUAGACAGGAGAGGUUUCGUGCUCGGCGGGUCAAGGCCAAUGCCAGAGAACGCUCCCGUAUGCACGGACUGAACGACGCCCUGGAUAAUCUCCGCAGAGUUAUGCCCUGCUACUCCAAGACACAGAAGCUGUCAAAAAUUGAGACUCUAAGACUGGCCCACAACUAUAUCUGGGCCCUGUCUGAGGUGCUGGAGAGUGGCCAGUCCCCAGAGAGCAAUGGCUUUAUGGAGAUGUUGUGCAAAGGUUUGUCUCAGCCCACCAGUAACCUUGUAGCCGGCUGCCUGCAGCUGGGACCCAGUCCGAUGAUGCUCAACAAGCUGGACGACAAGUGUGGAGGCCCCGGGGCGGGUGGUGCAGUGGGUCAGGCUGGCCAUCCCCUCAGCUACCCAUCCCCAGGCCUUCCCAGCCCCCCCUAUGGCUCCCUGGAGGCAUCCCACCUCCUCCACAUGAAAGGUUUCAAGGGACCUGUAUAUGACAACCCCUCCUCAAACGAGUGCAGCAGUGGCACCCCACCGUACGACGGGCCCCUCACCCCUCCCCUCAGCAUCAGCGGCAACUUUGCCCUGAAGCAGGAGCCUUCUCCCCAUGAGUCAGAGAGGAACUACACAACCCAGCCGAGCCACCAUGCCCACUACCUAUUGUCGCACCAUUACCCCUCCUCGAUGACAGGUGGCUUACCUGGUGGGCCUCCGAGCCAUCCACUUUUUCAGGCAUCACGUUAUGAGCUCCCACUGGAUGUGGCCUUUGACUCCUUCGCUCCCUCUCACUUGGUCACGGGUCAGAUUGGUAACAUCUGAAAUAGAGAGGAUGUGUGAUUGAUCAAUAUAUUGCUGUAAAAACGAUGGUCAAGGUUAUUCUGUAUAGAAAAGAAAGGUUUGAAUUUACUAAUUGUCUAGAUCUCGGGGAGAGCACUGAAUGCUCAAAGAGUGAGAGAGAGAGAGAGACUCGUCACCUCAACUCAAUCUACCUGAUACAAACAUGCACCCAUAACUUUUAUUGUUUUAUUUAUUCUGUUUUGUUAUUAUCAAAUGCUGAUCUUUGGAUUAAAGUAUUUCUUUAUAAAUUUCCCCCAGCAGUUGUUGCAGAGAAACUAAAGAUUAGUUUCCAAAUUACCCUCAAGCAUCACACAGAUAUUUGUGAUGUGAGGAGUUUGAACAAAAACAUGAAAACUUUCCCAAACGUUCUGACUGUCCUGAUAUCCAAGGAGUUCAUCCAUCCUAAAUUGUGCACUGAGGCCUACAGCCAAUGUCCUUCUCGUCAUAAGGGAAAAACAAUGCAUUUAUUUAUAUCUGUAUUUAAUAUUUAUUUUGAUACAUUUUUGUCCUUUUUUUAUAUUCUGUUUUUGUUUCACCGUUUCAUUGUUGCCAGUCACUGGCAGCUGUACUGUAUUUAAUUAUUUAUUGGAGGUCUUUCAGGAACUUGCUCAUUUGGUGUCACAGUUGUUGUCAUUCUGUACUGUUGUAAAUAUUUUGCUGUUUCGCACUUAAUUGAAUAAAUAUUCUUAUAUUAUA